AUGAACGGUGGUGUCCUCUGCGAGACCAACGCUCAGCUCCCAUCAGCACCAGUGCUUAAACAGGAGCUCAUCACGGAGCACUACGCUAUCACUGCGAAGCGCCCAGCCGCCAAAGAGAAGGAGAAGGAAAAGAUGAACCGACCACCGAAGAUCAACACUACUCUCGCUGUCGACAGCCCGCCGCAAUUCAUCCACACCCCGGUCGGCAUUCCACCUCAUCAGCAGUACUCACCGUAUGCGAACGGCUCCCCGCAACCCUACUUCCCACCACCCCAGCACUCUCCCCAGUAUUAUCCCUACCCUGCGCAACAGCACGGAACGCCAGUUGCCGGCCCCUCUAGAAUCGUUCACCAGCAGCAUCUGUACCCGCCUUUCGACCCGAACGCCCAGUUUGCCGCGCCCCCACCGCCCGCUUGGGAGACUCAGUCGGUUGCAUCUGUCACCUCUGGAGCAUCUGGACAUAAGCGCAAACGCUCCGGAUCGACCAAGGAUGAACUGAUCGGAUCCCGUCGGAACUCUGUGCAGCCACAGCAGGCCGUUGGGGUACCGCCGAACGGGAUUGCUGCUCAACUUCCCACACCACCGUCGACCUCGGGUUUGGCUGGAACUCCAUCUCAAAACGCCGGUUCGCUCCCCGAAGAAGCACCGCCUGUGCAUGGCGUCUAUGUGACAACGACGAAGGAGGAAGGUCGGAAGCUGGGGCUGCUCCAGAACUCAACCGGCAAUGAGGCCGUCGAAGACCUGCCGACUCGUGGACCUCCGCGAACGACAACUGCGACAGUGCUGUCGGUGAACCCUUCGGGAGUUGCGACCCUGGGCAGUGGGGCCGUGCUGGAGUCUGAUCUGGCGCUGCUGGACGACAAGCCCUCCGAUGACCCCAAAACUCCGACGAUGGCAAGCGGAGCCCUUCCCGAGGUCGACGAUACCCCCAGAACGAAGGAGGACAAGACCAAGAAGCGGCUGGACGCCUUCAGCACGACUUCCCGCCCGACUGAGCCAAUGUUCUCCAUCCGCGUCGACAUGGGGCAAGGUCCUACUCGACUUGCGCUUCGGAAGGACAUCGCCCUAGCGUUCAUCGGAUACGACAAGCGUGACGGUGUGGUGGAGGAGACCCGCGGGGUGGAUCAGGACAGCUGGGUGUUGUCAGCUGUCGGUGGACCGCGGGCCCCGAUACGUCCUCAGUGGCCAGACGACGAGGCGCCAUGGAAGCUCGGAUCCGGACGAAGAGCAAGACAAGCGCGCGAGGAGAAGGAACGGACGGCUCUGUUACGCCGAUACCUCGAGACUUCGAGCGACGACUCUGACGACGACGGAGCCGCCCGCUUCCCGAUGCGACGGCCGGCGAAGCGAGGACGACCGCCUGCGCCUCCCGGAACAGCGAACAACCACUGGGACGGCGAUGCGACUGAUGCUCGUGCAGCUCUUCGUAGCGCCAUGGGACGGGUCCCUCACCAGAAAAUGGCAGCCCCUCAACACCUGCCUGCGGUCAUUCCCGCGGGUGUGAUUGCCUGCCCCUGCAAGCAGACCGGGCCCGCUGCCGGCUCGAUGCUCGCCUGCACAUCUUGCAAAUCGUGGUUCCACAUGGGCUGUAUCGGGUUAGAGGACAUGUCGCUUGCGUCGUCAUGGGUCUGCGAGCCUUGCGUCCGGCAGGCUGGACGGACGUUCGUCACUCCGUCCCACCUGCAAACGCCUGCCUACUUUGGAUCACACGAGCGGGCAUUCCGCGGUGACCAGGCUCUUGCGCUCGCGCCUUCUCCGAUGUUUGCUGGGGAGGCUGUGCGGGCUGCCGGAAGCAGCGGUACGCUGGAGACGCGCACGCCGAGUUCCCCGACCCGGUCGGCACAGCGUGCUCGCGUCCUCUCGUACGGCAACGACCUGUGGGGUGUCACAGAGGAGGCGCCCUCGACGCCAGUUGCUGCUCCUCGUGCUCCCGGCUUCUACUCGACUCCUCGCCCGGAGGACCUGUUCGAUGUGAACUCGACGCCGUCGCGGCAUCUCAACACCGACCCACGCAUGGCCGGCGAGUUCAACAGCACGCUGUUCUCGAUGACGCCUCUGGUUGGCCGGUCGCGCAACGCCUCGAACCCGUUAAUCGGCGGGGAUACUCCUGCAGCCAUGAUCUCCCGGGCUGGCAGGAACAUUGCUGGCGUGACGCCGUUAUCGGAAGGCAUCACGAGCCGGCAUGAGUUUCUGCAAGGGUUGGCGGGGGGCGAGAAGCGCGGCACAUUCACCGAGGGCCCCGUGUCCCCUUCCAGGCGCGUGGUUCCUCUCGGCAACCCCGAGUCGCCCUCGCCAUACGGCAGCAUCGGCCUUGGGCCCCGCGGCAAUCGCUUCUCGCACAUGCGAACAAGUUCAAAGGCGCGCGCGGCGGGACUCGGUCUUGGCGUGCCGCACGAUGAGGACGAGGAUGAGGCGUUUGCGACGGGUUCGGCUGUGCGCGUUGACGAUGAGGAUGACUGA